AUGGACUGGCAGCAACUCAGACCAAAGCGCAGCUCCCUUUCGGGAUUGUCUCAACAAGGAUCCUACACUCUGUAUCCAAUUUCACCCAGACAAAACCAAUCCCGUUUUGCUUAUCCCAACUACCCUGACGAACAGGCCGUCCAGGAUAAUGGUAACAUUCGAGCCUCGUACUACUCAUCACAACACCCCUUGUUCUGCGCAGAUUGGGUGUCCACUGAUCCCACGAACGAUUGGGUUGUUUUAAGUUCCUUUAGAGAAGGCUACCUGAAUCGAGUCCAAGUCGUGCACGGACUGCUAUACAACAACAAGGAGGACCCUGAGGAUCCAGGGAUUGGUUCUCCUACAGUACUGGACACUAGCUCGAGCUCUGAGGAGCUGAGAACGAAAGAUCUGCCCUCGUGCGCAGGAGGAGCUUUUGAUUGGACCAAUGUCGCCGAAACAGCUGUGGAGUACCCACUCACCAAUGUCCAGUGGGACCCCCUGAUGGCCAGUCUGGGCGUGCUUCGACUCGGAGCGUCGUCAGAAGUUCUUAGAUUGUAUAAGGUGGAACAGGACCCCGAUAAGCUCAAGAUGGACGGAAGGUUCCCCUUAGUGCAGACCCAUCUUCUAGCGAACAACUCCACAGCCAACCUGGCCAAUGGGGACGUUCAGGAUAUAAACACUUUCCCGCCCGUGACGUCAUUCGACUGGAACAAAGCGGACCCCUCUAUGAUUAUCACCUCCAGCGUGGAUACCACAUGCACCGUGUGGGACCUCAAUCGCUCGCAUUCACUCGGCAAAGACAGAGACACAGCACACGUCAAGACGCAGCUAAUAGCGCAUGAUCUGGAGGUGUUUGACGUGAAGUUUCUCCACGAAUCAACGAACGUCUUUGCCAGCGUCAGUAACGAUGGAUCUAUGCGAGUGUUUGACCUCCGGUCAUUGGAGCAUUCCACCAUCAUCUAUGAGCCCACACGAGCCCCACCUUUAGCAUCUUCCGUGCCCGCAACCGCCCAGGCCCACUACAACCCGCAAGCGUUGCUCAAGCUCCUGACGUCCAACGUCGAUCAGAACUACUUGGCUACCGUUGGCGUCAACCUGAAUCAGGUGCUUGUGAUAGAUAUGCGGAUGCCCGGGCUUCCUGUGGUGAAAUUGGAUUGCCUGUUCGGUGGUAUGAGUCAGGCGGCGGUAAAUACUAUACAAUGGCACCCCAGCACCAACUGGCUUGCCACGGCAGGUGACGACUGUCAGGCGCUUGUGUGGGAUCUCACGAGCGGCAACAAGGAGGUGGGUACUGUGGUGGACACGCCGGCAAUGGCAUACACUGAGGAGUUAGAGGUGAAUAAUGACAAUAUCGUUAUUUUUCAGAGAGACGUUUCCUCCGACCUCAACCAGACCGCCCUGACCACUCAAUCGUUCCUGCUGGGUCCGACGUUCCCGCCUACGACUACGCCAUCGCUGUCUCCAUCUCCAUCUUCCAUUUCUUCGUCGUCCUCAUCGACUUUUCAGCAGUCUUCCGGGUCUCUCCUGUCCGCCAGGUCCUCCCAAUCUGCCAGCAUUUCGGUUCCUCAGACUUCUUCCCUGGGCUCAUUUGCGUCCUCGCCCACGUCCUCACUGGGCUUUUUUUCCCUGUCCACCACCCCAGGGUCUCGUUCGCACUCAGAUAAUUAUAGCACCUCGCUCCUGCUGACAAUGUCCUCAGUGCACUCUGAGCCUACUCCAUCCACAUCUUCGUCUUUUGACACCACCCUGCUGGAAAUUCCAACUUCCUCCUCAUCACCCAUCACACUGUCGUCUCUGCCGACGCUAUCCCUGUCAUUUUCGUCUCCCACGUUGUCGUCCCUCACACUGUCUUCCCUGGCUCCGCCCACAUUGCCUCCUUCCUCGUCCUCGUGGUCUAGCCCGUCGUCAUCUGAUCCUCCUGAGCUGACAAUGUCGUCAUACACCACGCUGCUGGAGUCUCUGCUGCUGAGCACGCCCCUGCUGUCGACACAGGAAUCGUCGUCCCUGACGCUCCCUUCGUCUUCGUCAGAGCCCACGUUUGAGAGCUCGUCUGAGACGUCUCUGUUUAUCCCGUCAACGGAGCCCUCAUCGUCCUGGAAACCUCCCCUGAGCUCUGGCCCCACUUCAUCUUCGUCAUUUUUUGCAUCUUCCACAUACUCAGAGGAACCCUCCUCGUCUGAGGAGCCCAGCACCAGCUGGAGCGAGUCGAGCUCAGAGCACGAGCCUGUCAAGCUCGUCACUCCUGAGCUCGAGCCUGGGCCUGAGCCUGAGUUUGAGUCUGAGCUCGAGCCUGAGUCUGAGUCUGAGCUCGAGCCUGAGUCUGAGCCUGAGCUCGAGUCUGAGUCUGAGUUCGAGUCUGACGAAACCACCUCGGAGCCUGAGUCUUCAUCGUCUUCAUCCUCAGUGACAUCGUCUGCCCUGCAUUCUAUUACGCUGUUUACGUCCGAGUCGUCUGAGUACGCUGGCUACUACUCUACAGUUAGUGUCCUCCCAGACACGACCAUCACCUCUUUAGUCGCCGUGCCUACGUCUGCGGACAACAGCGGCUCUGGUGGAGGUACGUCACAGCGCAACGCUAAACUUAUUGGAGGCCUUGUGGGCUCGAUUGGUGGUACUAUUUUGAUUGGUUCGCUUGUUGUGCUCUUCUUGUUCCUCAAGAAGCGUCGCUCAAGAGUCACGAACCACUCUCCAGAUUUUGCCGACGACACUUCCGGCGACUCUAACGAGAAGUCUGGAUUCAAGAAGCUCUUUGGCAUCGGUGCCGGUGGCGCUGCUGGUGCGGCGACUGUCGAUUCCUACAACGAUCUUGAAAAACACCUAGAGUCUAGAGCUGCCCUGUCUGACCCGUUCCUUGGGGGCGGAGUCGGCGGCCAUAAUAACGCUGCCCACGAUACUUCGGACGACUUUGCAUACCGCGGUGUCUCGAACAGUAAUAACCUAGACUCCAUCUUCCACGGUAGCGGAACUGCAACCGGCGGGAACUCGAACGAUGGAACGGGCGGGCUCAAUCUGAGUUCUGCUAGUAACAGAGGACCGGGACAUUCACGCAUGAACUCUGACGUGAAUCGGAUGGACACCAUGCCCGAAGAUUCGUAUGAUUACGACCAAAAAUAUGCCCUGAUGGGUUCUACGCAUGUACGAGAACAACUGUCUGAGUUUGAAGACGAUGAUAUGUUCUUCCAAGCACACAAUCAUGCUCCUCUAUUGGAUGAGGAGAACUAUAGCAACAAUUCUCGACUGAGGUUUUUCGAGGAAAUUUAG